CUGUAAUUUUCCAUUCAAUAGACAACAUCCCUUGGCCCCUGGAUGCUUGUUCCAGAAAAGGGCAGUGCAAUGACAUCAGUAUUCUCCAUGAAAAAAAUCAAAGUCACUGUGUUUAUUGACAUAGCAAUUGCACCGACUUGACAGCCCUCUUUAUCUUUUUACUGCUCUCUACUCUCAACCAUGCUGCUCGAUAAGAAAGCUUCAACAUCUAACAACGAAUACUUUGGUUCUCGCGUCUACAACGCUUUCCGCAAUGCCGCUCUGUCUCGCUGGGCGAGUUUAAAAGUGCCUGUACCCGAAACAGUGGUCCAUAUGGCUCAAAAUAUUCAAGUCUUUCUUCGUUAUCGUAAUGCCUCCGAUCAUGCGUUACUGCGCGCGCUUUGUCCUAGUAUGGAGCAUCCGGCUACCAACGUUUAUAUCCCCUGUGUCAAGGAAACACUUGCCUUUGAUAAAGUAUUUAGGCAAAACUCUUCCCAAGAAUCGAUCUUUUGCGAAGUCGCUGAAUCAAUGAUCGAACAAACCAUGAACGGAUUCAACUGCAGUAUCAUCGCGUGCGGCCAGUCCGGCACAGGAAAAAGGGAUUCAACGGAUUUCCUGAACUGCGUAAUAUAACUGGAUUUUUCAAUAUGAUAAACUAUCUUUUUGCGGAUGAGACGGACAACCUUUGGUACUGGAUUCUGGUAGCGAAAGGAGCUCUUCUUUCUUUAUGCAUGUUUAUCAUCGAUUAACAAAGAAUAAAAGAAUCCAGGCAAUUUUCGCCUUUCGUUCCCAAAUUCGUAUAAACAGUUUAGUGUGUGUUUCCCACUCGUAAAUAAAACAGGCGUUUCAACCUCAAUAUACCGUCAAAACCAAAAGACAACCCAGGACUUACUCAAAAACAUCAUUAACACAACCCACUUAAACAACACUUUUAAGCAACGGACCAUGAAGCAAA